AUGGCUGAGCGCGAUGUUUUCAUAAAGCUGCCGCAAUUCUGGGAGCACGCCGUGGAGGCAUGGUUCGCACACGUGGAGGCGCACUUCGCCUGCCGACAGGUCCGUGACGGGGACCUGAAAUACUACCAUGUGGUAGCAGCGCUGGGAAGCUCUGCGUCGUCCAGCGCAGCGUACGACGGGCUUUCGGGCUCGCUGUCGGGGGCAGACACGUUUCUCAGACUGUUGGCCGAGUUUCCAGACCUGUUGCUGCCCACCUUCUCUGCGCUUACCACCAAGCAUGGCGUGGAGCACCACAUCACUACCGAGGGGCAUCCUGUCUACGCCAGGGCCCGGCGGUUGAACCCUUCUAAGCUGGCUGUGGCGAGGGCAGCAACCAUGGAGCGCCUGGGCAUUGUCCGCCGCUCCGACAGUUCCCCUGGUCUGCCACGGCCCAGCGGGUUUUCCUACGGGACGCGGCGGAGGCUUUCCCUCCAGUUCCGACCACUCAGCAGGGAGCACCAAGGUCUCAAGUUCCCGCGGAGCUACGCUCGGCUGGGCACGUUUUCGUCCGUCACGAUGCACACAGAGGCCCCCUGCAGCCCCCUGCAGCCCCCUUACGAUGGACCUUUCUGGGUCUUGGAGCACGGGGACAAGCACCUGGUGCUCGACAUGGGCGGCAAGGCUGAGCACGUCUCAGUUGACCGGGUGAAGGCUGCUCACUUGGACGUGGACCAGCCGGUGGUGCUGGCUCGACCGCCGAGACGGGGCCGCCCCCCGGCUUUGAUUCCUGUCAGGGAGUGCGGACCUGUUGUUCCGGUCCCUCCUCUGACGGGGGCUGUACAGGCAGAAGUCACUGUACCGGCUCCGUUACGCAGGACUCGUGGGGUGUGUCUCUGUCUCUCUCAGCUUCUGGGACAAGCAGCAAGGAAUAUGGUGAUCCAGGAGGACGCUAUCCUUCACUCUGAGGAUAGUCUGAGAAAAAUGUCCAUAAUCACGACACAUCUACAAUACCAGCAGGAGGCCAUCCAGAAGAAUGUAGAGCACUCAAAAAACCUACAGGACCAGCUGAGACACCUUCUGAAGUGAUGCCCCCCCCAACACUAACACCAAGCCUUUACAAUGCAAGGGCCUGGGAAAAUGUUUUAUUAAAUAAUGUCAAAUGUUUUAAAUCAAUUGUAUUACGUUAAUGCACAUGUGUCAAACU